GGGUAGAAGUGGGCUGGGUGGGGACAGGACGCCAGGGAUCCCUGGAGAACUCGUGGGCGUCCUGACCUCAGACCCAAACAUCUUCACUUUCACUGAAUCACAGAUAAUGGGGCUCUUGAUUCUGUGUUUUAGACAAUUGUGAGGAGUUAGGCCCAGGGGAAGUCUGACCAAAUUUGGGAGUUCCCAGGGGGCUUCCUGUCUGGGGAGAAAGCCGACUAGCUAACAGGAUGGGGACACAGAAGGAGGCAGGGCAGGGGCCAGGGUUCCGGCUCCUAAGAGCAGCAAGUAAUGGCCUAGGCACCAGUUGGGGACCCGGAGUGCAGGGCAGUGCCUGACCUGGGCCAGGCAGGACUUUCCUGGGCCGUGUCUGGGAAGGUAAGACAUCUGGGGGCUCUUAGCUCCCCAAACGUAGGGCAGAAUGAAUUCCGGAUUGGGGAACGGGGACAGAAGCCUCUGGUACAAGGGGCUGUAGGAUUUUAGAGGCGAGACUCCCAGAGGCAGAGGGAUGGACUGCAUGGGGAACUUGAUUUUGUAUUUUAGACAGUUGGGAGGCUGCCUCUGGGUCUGAACUUUGCCCACACAGGGAGAGCCCUGCAAGGAAGACUCGUAGGUGCGUCAGGGUGAAGCAGGGCUCGGCCGAGGGUCCUGUCUCUUCCCAGGGGAGGGAAAGGGAAGCCCACGGCGGGACCUGACGUGGCACUGCUCAGCCGAUUCCUCUUCUCGUACUUGGCCAGGGCCUGCCUCCUGCAGCUUCUGCCGGCAGGUGGGGAAGCUGCAGUCCUGGGAAGGGGCACCCCACACCUGGCCUGGCCCCCGUUCUCAUCGCGAGCUGCGGGCUGCUGCCCCGGGUGUGCAGAUGGACCCAGAUCCCCGCAAGCAGAAACCACACAGAGUGACCUUUGUGCUGUCAGCUGACCAUGACCCUCGGAGUCCUAACUUGACGGGACUGCGCCAGUCAGAAAGAGAAGCCUACAAGUUCGUGCAGGAAUUUCUAGAACAAGAACAGGUGUCCGAUUCCAACAAGCUGAAGUUCCUGAGGGCUGUGGAAACCUUGAGUGGCGCCGUCCGUGCCCAGGCAAAUGGCAGUAUGAACGACUACUUUCCCAAAAUCACUCUGGCCAAGAAAAUCGAGACGAUAAUCCUGGAAGAAUCCACCGAGGUCUUGACCAGCUAUGUUCGUCAGCAAGCCAUGCUCUGCGUCGUGGCCCUGAGCCAGGUGAACCCACCGUUCUGCUCAUCCCAGAAACUGGACCUGGUGAACGCUGGCGUCUCCAGCACGUUCUCCCUGCCACUCAUCAUGCCCAGCCUAGACCGGAAGGAGAGCGCCAGUCUCUACAUCCAGACUGUCCAGGCCUUAGAUGACAUGUUACAAGCUCUCAUAAUGGACGGCAUGUACCCCGACAUGCCCCUGCUGCAGAGCGUCCUGGAGGUCAUCUUGCCUUGGCUAACAGUCUCAGAGAAAGCACACGAGCAGUCGCGGGCCGCGGGCACCAUUUCCAGGAUGCUGAGGUUUAUCUGCAAUUUCCCUGAGCUGUCGCGCAUGGAGGAGUUCUCCACGAGCGGGACCCUCAUGGGCACCCUGGGGCUCUUCUGCAUGAACUCCAGCUGCGAGACCAGCGCGGGGGCGUCGGAGGCCUUGCACUACUUGUUCAAAGUCCUUGCGCUUCAUAGGAGUGAGAAGCCGAAGACCGAGGCUGUCCUGAAGGGUUUACAGAAGCAUUUCCGCGGGGAGUGGCUUGCCAGCAUUCAGGACCUCGCCAUGUUCUUCCAGAAAUACCUGACCCCCGAGGAGAGGGCAGAUCUGAUGAUGGUGUCAGUGGAGGCCAUGAGCAGAGACAGCAGGCACGACGUCUGUGCGGCUUCCGAGCUGUUGAGGAUGAUCCUGAAGUGCUCUGUGCCAGAGAUUGGGAAGGUGCCAGAAAUCAUCCAAUACAUUUACCACAAUAUGAGCAGCAUCACUGAGCCUACAGCCCAAGAGACCAUAAGGAAGGUCCUUCACCUGCUCGCCCAGAGCCACACCGAGGACGUCAUCCUGACACUGUUCAGGAUGCAAGAUCAGUCACAAAGAGGGGCUUGCAAGCCCUGGGAAAUCCUGGCGUCAUUCCCCAAAGGCUACGAAAUGAUCAUGGAAUAUUUGCUGCAGAGGCUGAUUGCACACCCGAAAUACGGAGAGCCCAGCAGCAGAAGAGAGAUCUCUCCGCUGAUUGCCACCAGGGCCAUUCACGAACUCCUGCUGGGACCCAGCCGGCGCAUGGAGGUGCAGUCCUUCUUCUGCCCACUGUUCAUGGCCCUGCUGCUCCAGGUGUCCUGUCUCGUGCGGGAACGGAGAGCUGAAGUCAUCCAGGAACAGCAGCUUGGGGCCGAGUGGGUGGACCCUGUCAGCUCCACCGUGGAGGCCCUGAAGGCCCUGAUGUGCAGCGCCGGCUACGGGGACCACGUGUCUUAUGCCCAGCAACUGGGGGGCUGGGAGCUGCUCACCAGCCCUGAAAGACACUCUGAGGGAGUCACUCUGCUGGCCAGGGCCAUGGUCUCCAAGAACUGUUGGCACAACCGCCCCCUCUUCAGCGUCGCUGUCAGGUUUCUCCAAGAGCUGGACCACGCAAACCACCAGACGACCCUUGUGUUCAUGACUGAGCCCCUCUCGGUCUCCUUUCACCAGCUGCUCCGGAGCCCAGAGGUGGCGGUCACUGUGGAUGAAGUCGCUGUCCGCGUUCUGGCCCAGCGGUUCCAGUGUGAGGAGCCGGCCACUGUGAAGCUGUUGCUGCAGCUGGUGGAGGUCUUCGCAAAGCACGGAGACAUGGCGAGGCGGCUGCACCCCCUGCAGCCCCACGUGCUCAGCUGCUGCUCGUCCUCGGACAGGGACACUGCGCUGGAGGCCUUCCGAGUGCUCAGGGGUCUCGCCGAGACUCUCACGUGGCAGCACAACUCCUCGUUCCUCAUUCAGCUCACCUUCAUGCUGGGGCCCUUCUUGGAGGAGGAGUCGGAGCAGCUGCGCUUGACAGCCUUCGAGGUCUGUGCGAGCCUCUUGGCCAGGGUCAAGAGGAGAGACCUUGUCUUCCCGCUGAGGCACCAGCUCCUCAACCUGACGGUCCCCCUUGUGCUCCACCUGGGGGACGUGAGUGUCAGCGUGGCUCAGAUCUGUCGGCCUGCCCUCUGCCACGUGGCCACCAUACUGGGCUGGUCAAAGCUCAAAGCAGUAUUUGCUGAGAAAGACGUGUGGACUAUCCUCGGAGCCCUGCUGAAGCAGGAGGCCAACAAAGGCCCCCGGUUCCUGAAGCAGUGUGUGGCCCUCUUCAAGAGCCCGCAGGCCCCCAUCCGCCAGCAGGCAGUGUGGUUUGCAGGCCAGAUCUUCCAAACCCUGGAUGUGGAGGAAGCCAAGGAAAUGGAAGAGGCGCUUGCAGCCCUGCGGGGCAUGCGGGAAGACCCCGACCCUAUGGCCAGCUGCCUCGCCAUGCAGAUCUUCUACAUCCUGGACGCCAAGGAGAAGGUGCUGCUUGACACCCCGACCUCCUGCUUCCGCAGUAGGAGACCUCGAAGGAGCUACUUCUGAGUCUGCAUUCUGGGGUCCCAGCCAGGCAAACAAGACCGUGACAAUGGCGCCAGACUCCUGAGCCCUGCCCUAGAAAUGGAGGUGUGCCCCUGCAAAGCUUCAUAGUAAAAGGAGACAGCACGCACAAA